AACAAAUUAUUUAUUACAAUGAUGGCCUACCAGGGAACAGUGGGUUAACUGCCUUGUUCAGGGGCAGAACGACAGAUGUUUACCUUGUCAGCUCCGGUUACUGGCCCAACGCUCUAACCACUAGGUUACCUGCCGCUCCAAAAGUGUAAUAUAGUGUAAUAUGCACAUACAUUUAUACUAACUAGAAACAGAUGCACAUGUCAUGGCAACGUUGGUUUACUCAGCGCAUACGCAGAAACACAUUAUCGGGUAUAACGGUCGUCUCACGCCGAACUGCGCAUGUGCAGGCCGUCAAACCAAAGACACUCCUUCGAUAUAAAGUAUUUUUUAACUAAAAUAAUAACCUGUCAGUUUGUCACUUUCACGAAGUUGGAGUAAUAACAUGUUCAACUACUUAAAACAUUGGCUCGAAUCUAGGUUUUGCCUUUAGAUUUCGAGAAAAUGUACAACUAAGGAAUCAUUUUUCACUUAUCGUAUGACUUCUCAAACCCCAAAUCACGGCUUUGGUCUACUUCCUACAGUCUGCUUCCCCAGCGGUCCCGGUAGACUCGGGAUGUUGCGUCUCUGGGUUUAGGAAUUCUGGUUAUGUAAUUUCCUCAUGAAGUUGAAAGUACUUUUGUAGGCGAAUGCACUUACAAAAUGGAUGUUGAAACUGUGGCGCACAUUUCUCUGCAACAUUAGAAGUCGGGUAAAAGUAUUGAUUUGAAGGAAAGACGAGCAGACUCUGGGGUCAGUGCUCUAAAAUGAGUCUCUCUGGGAAGAGAGAGGAGGGAGGCCCUGCCUCUAAAAUGAGUCUCUCUGGGGAGAGAAAGGAGGGGCGUCCUGCCUCUAAAAUGAGACACUCUGGGGAACAUGACAUCAAAGCUAAGAGUCCAAUCAAGCAGGAGAGACCAGCCUCCCCUGUACCCAGCUGUGUGUCCAUGAAGAGUGACUGGUCUAUGAGUCCUCCUCUAAACUUUAGAGAGGGAGACUUUUCUGCUGAACGAAGAAACCAACAGGAGAGAUCAGAGUCAGAGAUUCUCAGUGGUCAGUCUUCCCAGAGUCAUCAAACAGACCUGGACUCCAUAUUCAGUUUGCUUGAAGAGAAAAUUAUGACAUUUGUGAAGAACGAGCUGAAGAUGUUCAAGAGGAUUCUUAGUCCAGAACUCCCAGAAGGCUUUGAGAGUCAGAAGCAGGAUAAGGAAGUGGUGGAUGCUGAAGAUGAGAAGCAGGAGAGCAGUGCCAGAGAGGGGGCUCUGAAGAUCACACUGCACGUCCUGAGGAAAAUGAACCAGAAGGAGCUUGCUGACACACUGGAGAAAUAUGAGCUUGCUGUGAUUUGCCAACGUGAACUCAAAUCUAAUCUGAAGAAGAAGUUUCAAUGUGUAUUUGAGGGGAUCGCUAAACAAGGAAACCCAACACUUCUCAAUAAGAUCUACACAGAGCUCUACAUCACAGAGGGUGGAACAGGAGAGGUCAAUAAUGAACAUGAGCUGAGACAGAUUGAGACAACAACCAGGAAACAAGCAAGACCAGAGACUGCAAUCAAAUGUAACGACAUCUUCAAACCCUUAACUGGACAAGACAAACGAAUCAGAACUGUGCUGACAAAGGGAGUCGCUGGCAUUGGAAAAACAGUCUCUGUGCAGAAGUUCAUUCUGGACUGGGCUGAAGGAAAAGCAAAUCAGGAUGUCCAAUUUGUAUUUUCAUUCCCUUUCCGGGAGCUGAAUUUGAUGAAAGGGGACAAACACACUUUGAUUGAACUUCUCAAUCACUUCUCAAUGGAAACCAAACAAUCAAGAAUCUCCAACUACGACAAGUACAAAGUUCUGUUCAUCUUUGAUGGUCUGGAUGAGUGCCGACUGCCCCUAGACUUCCGGAAUAACAAGAUCUGUUGUGACGUCACAGAGUCAACCUCAGUGGAUGUUCUGCUGACAAAUCUUAUCAAGGGAAAUCUGCUUCCCUCUGCUCUCCUUUGGAUAACUACCCGACCUGCAGCAGCCAAUAAGAUCCCUUCAGGGUGUGUUGACCAGGUGACAGAGGUACAGGGGUUCAAUGACCCACAGAAGGAGGAGUACUUCAGGAAGAGAUUCAGUGAUGAGGACCUCGCCAGCAGAAUCAUCUCACACAUAAAGACAUCAAGGAGCCUCCACAUCAUGUGUCACAUUCCAGUCUUCUGUUGGAUUUCUGCAACAAUCCUUGAACACAUGCUGAAACAUAAGAGAGAAGAGAUGCCCAAAACUCUGACUGAGAUGUACACACACCUUGUGGUGUUUCAUACCAAACAGAAGAAUGAAAAGUAUCUUGGGAAAGAAGAGACAGGUCCACACUGGAAUCAAGAGAGCAUUCUGUCACUGGGAAAACUGGCUUUUCAACAGCUUGUGAAUGGCAAUCUGAUUUUCUAUGAAGAAGACCUGAAAGAGGCUGGCAUUGAUGUCAAUGAAGCCUCAGUGUACUCAGGAUUGUGCACACAGAUAUUUAAAGAGGAAUGUGGGCUGUACCAGGAAAAGGUGUACUGCUUUGUUCAUCUGAGCAUUCAGGAGUUUCUGGCUGCUGUAUAUGUGUUCCUCUCAUUCAUCAACAACAAUGAGAAUCUAAUGGACAAACUGCAAACAAACAACAAGUCUGCAGUUACUUUCUACAAGAGUGCUGUGGAUAAAGCCUUACAAAGUGAGACUGGAAACCUGGACCUUUUCCUCCGCUUCCUUCUGGGCCUCUCACUGGAGUCCAAUCAGAAGCACUUACAAGGUCUACUGACAAAGUCAAGAAGCAGCUCACAGAGCCAUGAAGAAACAGUCAAGUACCUAAAGGAGAAGAUCAGGGAGAAUCCCUCUCCAGAGAGGAGCAUCAAUCUGUUCCACUGUCUGAAUGAACUGAAUGACCAUUCUCUAGUGGAGGAGAUCCAAAGCUACCUGAGAUCAGGAAGUCUCUCAAAACCCAACCUGUCACCUGCACAGUGGUCAGCUCUGGUCUUUGUGUUGCUGACUUCAGAAAAGGAGCUGGAUGUGUUUGACCUGAAGAAAUACUCCAGAUCAGAGGAAGGUCUUCUGAGGCUGCUGCCAGUGGUCAAAGCCUCCAGAGCUGUUCUGCUGUCAGGCUGUGGAGUCACAGAGGAAGGCUGUGCUUCUCUGGUCUCAGCUCUGAGGUCAAACCCCUCACACCUGAGAGAGCUGGACCUGAGUAACAAUGACCUGAAGGAUUCAGGAGUGAAGCUGCUCUCUGCUGGACUGGGGAAUCCCCACUGUAAACUGGAGACUCUGAGGCUGUCAGGCUGUCUAGUCACAGAGGAAGGCUGUGCUUCUCUGAUCACAGCUCUGAGGUCAAACCCCUCACACCUGAGAGAGCUGGAUCUGAGUAACAAUGACCUGAAGGAUUCAGGAGUGAAGCUGCUCUCUGCUGGACUGGGGAAUCCCCACUGUAAACUGGAGACUCUGAGGCUGUCAGGCUGUCUAGUCACAGAGGAAGUCUGUGCUUCUCUGGUCUCAGCUCUGAGGUCAAACCCCUCACACCUGAGAGAGCUGGACCUGAGCUACAAUCACCCAGGAGACUCAGGAGUCAGACUGCUCUCUGCUGGACUGGAGGAUCCACACUGCAGACUGGAGAAACUCAAUGUGGAACAUGAUGGAGAGAACAGAACGAAACCUGGGCUUAGAAAAUAUGUCUGUGAUCUCACACUGGACCUAAACACAGUAAACAGACACCUCUCUCUGUCUGAGGAGAACAGAAAGGUGACAUGUAGGAGAGAGAAGCAGCCGUAUCCUGAUCACCCAGAGAGAUUUGAGGUCUGUGGACAGGUGCUGUGUAGAGAAGGUCUGACUGGGCGCUGUUACUGGGAGGUAGAGUGUAGUGGGAGAGGGGCUGUUAUAGGAGUGACAUAUAAAGGAAUCAGCAGGAGAGGAGAGGGUGAUGACUGUUGGCUUGGAUACAAUGACAAGUCCUGGAGUCUGUUCUGCUCUGACAACAGUUACAUUGCCUGUCACAAUAAUAAUCAGACUACCAUAGUCGUCCCCUCCUCCAGCACCCACAGAGUAGGAGUGUAUCUGGACUGGCCCGCCGGCACUCUGUCCUUCUAUAGAGCCUCCUCUGACACACUGACCCACCUGUACACAUUCACCUCCACAUUCACUGAGACCCUCUAUCCAGGGUUUAGGGUUUAUGAAGACUCCUCACUGUCCCUGUAAAUAAUAACCUGACACAC